AUGUCUGAAACUGGAACCUGCACGUCCAUCAUCAACUUGCGCUACCAAGAUGGCAGUGAGGGAAGCCCAACUAAUCCUGCCAAGUUCAACAACCAAGACUACGAGCAGCUGAAAUCUUACAGUAGCCGCAGAGACAGACUGUUUGUGGACAGAACCUUCCCACCUGACAACCGAUCUCUGGGAGACCUGCCUGAUAUGCCAUCAUGGAAAGAGAACAAAGUGGAAUGGCUUCGCCCAAAGGAUGUCCUGAAAGCACAAGGCAGCAGCGAAGAUCCUUCCUUCAGUUUGAAAGGAGCUUCAAGGUUUGACUUUGGUCAAGGCAGUGUGGGUAACUGCUGGUUUUUGGCUGCAAUUUCUGCGCUGACAUUCCAGAAAGGUCUGAUGGCACAAGUUGUGCCCAUGGACCAGUCCUUUAGGAACUAUUCAGGAAUCUUUCACUUUAGGUUCUGGAGGUUUGGAAAGUGGGUGGAUGUUGUCAUUGACGACCACCUGCCAACACUCAAUGGCCAGCUGCUCUCUGUGCGCUCCAAAGGUGGAAAUGAGUUCUGGGCUCCUCUGCUGGAGAAAGCAUAUGCCAAGGUGUGUGGUACAUACGCGGACAUGAAUGCUGGGUUGCCAUCAGAGGCCUGCAAGGAUUUCUGUGGAGGUGUGCACAUGACUUUUGAACUCAGUCAGGUCCAUGAUUACUCCCAUGAUGACAAGCUGUGGCUCCAACUGAGCAGAGCCACUGGCUGCAAGUCGAUGAUUUGCUGCGGAACAGCACCAAAAGGGGGUGAGAUUGUGAACACCGUAGCAACCACUGGAUUGGUGGAUGCACAUGCUUAUUCUGUCACAGGAGUCACUGAGGUGGAGCUUUAUGGCUCUAAAAAGAGACUGGUGCGAUGCAUGAACCCCUGGGGCAGCCAAGAGUGGAGCGGGGAUUGGAGUGACAAGUCAAAAUUGUGGGACAGAGUAAGCCCAGAUGAUCGGGCCAAGUGUUCUGACCGCGAAGAUGGAGAGUUCUGGAUGGAGUUGGAGGACUUCUGUCGCUACUUCAACAUGAUGUCCAUCUGCUGUGAGAACCCUAACUUUUUGGAUGGUGACCUCACCUGCCAGUGGAAGUGCAUGAUUUAUGAUGGCAAAUGGGAAGCUGGCAGAACUGCUGGUGGCAGAAGCAGUACCGGGUCCUUUGCAAAGAAUCCUCAGUAUCGCAUCAAUGUGACCAAAAUAAAUAAGAACGAGGAGAACGACAUGAACAUCUUGAUUUCUCUGAUGCAGAAACCUCAGCUGGAGGGUCGCAAAGAUGCACAAAAAAGAUAUCAUGCAAUUAACGUUAGCGUCUACAAGGUUCCAGAAGGGACACGAUCAGGCCGUCUGCCUUCCUCCUUCUUCAACAGAAACAGACCCAUGAACUUGAGACAAAUGUAUGCCUACCAAAGGGAAAAGAUUGCGGAGUACAGCCUGGAACUUGGCGAGUAUGUGAUUGUGCCCUCCACCUACAAAGCCCACCAGAAUGCAGAAUUUGUUCUCACCGUCUUCUCCAAGGCUGACAGCAAAAUCACCCCCCAUGACCAUGAUGAUGAUGAUGAUGAUGACCACCACCAUAGCGAUGAUGAGGACGAAGAUGUUCCCAAGCCAUCAACUGACCACGAUGAUGAUGACGAUGAUGACAACGACUCUGAUCGCGCCCUGUUCAAGCGCUAUGCUGAUCAGAGAGGAAACCUGAGUGCCAGACAGCUGCGCAAGCUCCUGAAUGACAACUUCCCCCAUGGCACCUCUUACGGCUUCGGCUUGGACACCUGCAGGAGCAUGAUUGCAAUGAUGGAUACUGACCGCAACUGGAGGAUGGGCUUCCCUGAGUUCUCAAAACUGUGGACCAAGAUCAAUGAAUACAAGACACUCUUCAAACGCACAGAUGUGAACAGGAAUGGAUCCCUGCAGUCCGGUGAAGUCAAGGAGGCAAUUAAAUCUAAAGGAAUGGACGUGAAUGAUUUCAUGGUGCAGAUGAUGAUGAUCCGCUAUUCAGGCUCAUACACCACCAUGGAGGACUUCAUUGUUCUCAUGUUGCGCCUGGACAAAGGAUCAGAUAUUUUCAACAGCAGCUCAUCUGAUGGAGUCAUCACCAUGAGCUGGGAAGAGUGGACCAGCAACAUGAUGUACAACUAG